GUGUAGUAUCAACCUAUACCAAACCAACCACUUGUGGUCACUCCAUCGUCGGUCGAUCGGUCCAAGUUUCCGGUCCACGUGAGGUUCCAAAUCUUCUUCAUUCAUUCAUCUGCGAAUCCUGCGGCCAAGGAAGCGCCACGUGUGAGCCCCAAAUUCAACUGGCUGUGGUCGACUACACGCUCGAAUAUUCGGUGCCCACUCCACCUCAGAAAUCAGAAUAAACCCUUCCUCUCCCUUCCCUUCUCUUCUUCCUUUCCUCUCCCGGAAUCGGAAAUCAAUCAAAGGGCAGGGCAUAAUAUAUAAGAGAAAUUUGGCGUUUCCCAAAAGCUCCCUCCCUCCAUUCGUUCGCGUCCAAUCUCUCCCUCUGCGUUCGCCUUUUGGAUUUUUAUGCAAUUUCGUUCGGCCAAGCUUCUUGCCUCCGGAAUUUUAAUGGCUAGAUCGUCCUCAACCUCACCUGCGUUGUUGCCGUCUUCGUGCUCCUUUCGUCGAUCAGCGAUUUCUUUUCAGUUCCCUUGUCCUGCUUCCGAUUCUUCCAGUUUUUAUUUUCCUAGUCAGCGUGCUGUUGGAUUUUGACCGCCGGUUAGGGUUUCUUCGUUCGUCCGUUCGUUCGUAAGCCUCAGCCGCCGCCGCUAGCUAGCUAGCAAUAGCAAUGGGGAAACGUAGUAAUAGAAAGAAGAAUGCCUCCAUGUUGGAGAGCGAUGAUGAUGAUAGUAGUGUGAGUUCAUCAUCGACUGUCCGUUCUGAUCUUAUCUCCGUAACCGGUAAUGACGAAGUGGAGAUUGAGAAGGAUAACUUACUGGAUCAGGCUUUAGAUGCUUUGUACGAGAAGAGGAGUACAACUAGAGAGAGAGCAUUGGCCUCCAUUGUCGAGGCUUUCAAUACCAAUCUACAGCAUGAGUUUGUGGAAAAGAAGUUUGCUACUUUGCUACAUCAAUGCGUAAGUUGCAUAAAAAAGGGGUCCAGCAAAGAGAUAGCCCUGGCAUCUCAUGCCAUUGGAUUGCUGGCCUUAACUGUUGGUUUUAAGGAUAACGCUCAUGAAAUAUUUGACGAGUUGAUCGCCCCAAUUUCCCAGUCACUUAAGUCUGGUUCAGACUCGUUGAGGAGGGUAGCUUUGGUGGAGUGUCUUGCCAUUGUUACCUUUAUUUGUGGAAAUGGUCCCGAGGAGACUGAACAAUCUAUGCUGAUCAUGUGGCAGUUGGUUCGCCCUAAACUUGGCCCUAAUGUCGUUGGCGUGAAGCCUUCUAGUCCUGUCAUUACAGCAGUGGCGUCUGCCUGGGCGUUUCUUUUGACAUCCAUGGACGGGUGGACAUUAAACCCCAAGGACUGGCAAGAGUGCAUUUCCUACUUCUCCUCGCUCCUGGAUAAGGAGGACCGUACCGUACGAAUUGCUGCUGGUGAAGCAUUGGCUUUGAUUUUUGAGAUGGGAUGUCUGGAGAAGUUUGCUGCCGAGGCCUUUGAAAGCUCUGCUCAAGAUGGGAAUAAAUCUUAUGCGCAUGUGCAAGGUCUAAAAAGAAAAAUACUAGAUCAAGUGAAAGACCUUGCUGCAGAGGCUGGAGGCAAAGGGUCUGCUAAGAAAGAUCUCAACAGCCAGAGGAACUUGUUUAGGGAUAUAUUAGAUUACCUUGAGGGGGGUGACAGUCCUGAAGUCUCGAUGAAGAUAGGUGGGGAUUCAUUCCAGACUUCAACCUGGCAUCAACUAGUACAGCUGAACUUCUUGAAGCAUUUUCUUGGAGGUGGAUUUGUCAAGCACAUGCAGGAUAAUGAGUGUCUCCACGAAGUAUUUGGAUUUGCACCAAAAAGGAAACAGGGUGCUGAGGCUCAGAUGUCGAGUGGUGAUAAGAGAAUGUUCCGGUCCCCAAAUUCAUUUCUGAACAAAGCCAGAACCCAGUACAUGAACAAGCAACGGAUGCUGUCUGAGGGGAGAAAUGCUGGUCACUAUUCCUUGGAUGCUGCUGAUGAAUAGGCCUCAAAGGCAGCAGCAUGGCUUGAUCUUUCCUUGGUGGUUGUAAUUCACUGAAAUCUGCUCGGACAUUUAAAUUCUUAUUAUUCCCUAGGGGUUUGCCAGGGCGAAUGACAUAAAUUACUGAAGAGCUGUGACAGCAUAUCUUAGUUUUGUGGAUUUAGAUCCUUCAUGUUGUACAAUCAAAUAUGAUGUGCUGCAAUUUAGUACUUAUGUGGAAUCACUAAUCCUCGGGUAUUGUUUUUUGUUAUUUAUUUAGUUGAAGGGUGUUUCCCCCUUCAAUCUAAGGGUUCGGUCCAGGCGCGCAACACCUUUUUGAUUAGUGAUAAAGAUGAUGUUCAACAUACGUCUUUGUAAAGGUUAAAAUGCGUCGUAAUAGGAAAAAAAAUCAAUACGUUUUAGAUGGCGCCCUCCUAACACGCAGUGAUAGCAAUUUCAACUCGUCCUGCGAGUAUUAUCCUACAUGAUUCGUGAUGUGGCGGGUAUUACUCGACCUGUAGUAGUGUUGGGUGGAGCAUGUAUAUCUACUUUCGAUCCGUUUAGUCCUUGUCGUCCCUGAUUCAUUUUAUAUUAAUUUCUUAUUGUAUUUAUACAUAUUUCUCCUAACUUGUUAGACUCAAUUACUCAUUCUGUUAUAAUUAUUUUCAUUCAUAAAGUGUUUUCUCAUUCGUUUUAUCAUAAAAAGUAAAAUUUGCGUGUUUUUUUUCAAAUAAUAUAUAAGAGUGGGUCAAACUACCCCGCCCCAUACUCGCGUGGGUUUUACCCAUCACGACCCGCAAUAAAUUGGAGCGGAGCAUGAAUAGUGAGGUAACCGCCCCGCCUCGCUAAUUGCCAUCACUACUAACACAUACCUUCCACCAUCUACACGGAUGUUUUGCAACUCGUACUAAUUCAAUUUGUCUAAAAUUCUUAAAUUCUAUUCAAACGAAUUCGGAUUCAUGUAGUAAAAUUAUAGUUUAGUAUCUUUAUAUCUUGUACUUUGUGAUUUUAUACCUAAACUUUACCUUUUUCAACACAAAAUAUACUCUAAAAUUUACAUUUUUGCACCUAAGUUUUUUUGUGAGACACCUGUCUUUGCCUGUACCCAACCAAGGUAGAAAUUUCCUCGUUGAUUAGACGGAGAAGGAUUGAAUAACGACGGCUUAAAUCGUCUUCUCUAUUUGAUGCAAAUAAUUUUAUAUAUAUGUUUCAAAUUAUGACUUAUGAGAGAACCAGGUCUGAUUUUCGCGAGUAGAAGCCAUAAACAAUUAUGCGUAGUGUUUUGAUCCGAUGUGGAUCGUUUGUUGUGCAUUCGUACUAGGGGUGGCUAUACGGUCCGGUCCGGUUAAAUUGGACCAAAUCGAUCCGGUCCCAGUCCGGUCUUUUCGGGAAUAUAAGGAUCAAAGAUUGGAUUGGAUACACUCCGGUCUUGACCCGGUCCGGUCCCAAUUUGAUUUUGAUUUUAGAUUGAGCUUGUGGGGAUUUAAGUGUUGGGGUCUCUUAUCCGGUGUUUAUCCGGAUUUUUUACCUCAAACCUAAGCCCGAAUAUGAGAUUGGAUUGUUUGCUAUCCGGUCCCAGUCCGGUCCCGGUCCGGGUUAUACGGUCCGGUUUCGGGUAAAACCAAACAGUCCUGGACCAAAUUGCCAGCCCUAAUUCGUAGGAGUGGUUACCAUAGAGAUGAAGGGUGUCAACAUGGUUUAGCUCUCUGGCACUGAUGAUAAUGUGGAAUGUGGGUUAAUAGUGUGCUCGCUUUAUUCCGAUUUAGCCUAGAUAAAUGAACAAAGUCGUU